GAGGAGAAUGAAAAGAAGGCACUGAAGGAGCCGUCAGACACGGAGCCAGCAUCAGCAGAAAGUGCUGCAAGGAAAAGAAGAGGACCGUUAAAACACAUCAAAUUUGGAACGAACAUUGAUGUUUCAGAUGAAAGAAAGAACAACAUCAACUUCCUGAUGGGCUCAUGGUGGCCCAACCUGGAGGACCUGUAUGAGGCCGACGUGCCCGUUUACCGCUUCAUCCAACGUCCGGGUGAUCUGGUGUGGCUCAACACGGGAACCAUCCACUGGGUUCAGGCCAUCGGCUGGUGCAACAACAUCGCCUGGAACGUUGGCCCUCUCACCGCCCACCAGUACAAGCUGGCCGUGGAGCGUUACGAGUGGAACAAGCUCCAGAGCGUCAAGUCCGUGGUUCCCAUGGUGCACCUCUCCUGGAACAUGGCGCGCAACAUUAAAGUGUCCGACCACAAGCUGUUCGAGAUGAUCAAGUACUGCUUGCUGCGGACCUUGAAGCAGUGCCAGUGGGUGAAGGAAGCCCUGGUGUCGGCCGGCAAGGAGACGGUCCUGAGGCCGAGGAGCAGGGACGAGCCGGCCCACUACUGCACCAUCUGUGAGGUGGAGGUGUUCAACCUGCUGUUCGUGCGGCGGGAGCACCUGUCCAAGAAGCAGUGCGCCGUCCACUGUCAGGACUGCGCCAGGAAAGGCAGCGCCACGCUGGACGACUUUGUGGUCCUGGAGCAGUACCGGAUGGAGGACCUGAUGCAGGUCUACGACCAGUUCACAUUAGCCCCGCCUCUUCACUCAUCUUCAUCUUGACAUUAGGCGUUUCCUGUUAUCGUCUGCUCCGGAGCCAUGAAGCCCAUCUACUUGGAUUCAGAUUGGAAAUAAAAAAAAAAAAACUUCACACCUCCACACAAACACACACGGACCGUUUCUGAUAUACAGGAAAGCCAAGGCCGUCUCUUCUUCUCCUCCUCCUCCUCGUCACAAUCUCCCCUCCAUUAUGGCUGGUCUCCAUAGCGACAGCUGGAGGCUGAGUGUCUGUCUAUGCAACCCAUUUGAAGCACCCGGGGCCUUCCAGAAGAGGGCGCCACUUGGCUCGAUAUCGGGACUUUUUUUCUCUCUCCUCCCCCCUCCCUCUAUUAGAGACGAUGGUUCCACCCUGUUUUAAUGGAGGACUUAAUCAAAAAGGGGUUUGGUGUUGGGGGGAGGGGGGUAAAGGGUGAUUAAAAUAGUUUUGUAGAUACUUGUUAAUCGUUGCGAAAUGGCAACGCCACCCUUAAAAAGACUACUGACUCUGCUCCCUUUUCUCCUUUUUUUUAUUUGUUUUCUUUUAUUAUUCUGGGAACAGGAUGAAAUCUUGAUUUGUGGAACUCCUCCGGAUUUAGUUUUUAUUUUCUGUUUUCGUCCCUGUAAGGAGCACUAGCCUAACCGGUCCUUUUUUCUACAGUAGAUAGUCAUUUUUUAAGACUCUUUGGACAGCAAAAACCUUAAAAAAAAAUUAAAAAUUAAAAAAA